AUGACGACCAUGGUAGGUUGGAGGCAGGCAGAGCAGCAGCAGCGGCAGCAGUAGCAGCACGGUGGACACGUGCACGCGAGCAGGUCGCAUACAAUCAUGAGGUGCUGACAUCCUCCUAGGACCUCCGCGUGGGGAACAAGUACCGCAUCGGUCGCAAGAUCGGAAGUGGCAGCUUCGGUGACAUCUACCUGGGUAUGCAUGAAGCCCGAUGUGCUGCAUCGAUGCACUGCGACUGACUCUCUCACCAGGCACCAACAUCAUCUCUGGCGAAGAGAUCGCCAUCAAGCUGGAGUCGGUCAAGGCCAAGCACCCUCAGCUCGAGUAUGAGGCACGUGUCUACAAGUCUCUCGCCGGCGGCGUCGGCAUCCCUUUCGUGAGAUGGUUCGGAACCGAGUGCGACUACAACGCCAUGGUGCUCGACCUGCUCGGCCCAUCCCUCGAGGACCUCUUCAACUUCUGCAACCGCAAGUUCUCCCUCAAGACCGUCCUGUUGCUCGCCGACCAGCUCAUCUCCCGCAUCGAGUACAUCCACGCCAAGUCCUUCAUUCACCGUGAUAUCAAGCCGGACAACUUCCUCAUGGGCAUCGGAAAGCGCGGCAACCAGGUCAAUGUCAUCGACUUUGGUCUCGCCAAGAAGUACCGCGACCCCAAGACUCACUUCCACAUUCCAUACCGUGAGAACAAGAACCUCACUGGUACUGCACGUUAUGCCUCCAUCAACACCCACUUGGGUGUCGGUACGUCUCCAAUACGAUCCAGGAUUUUCUCCAUCAUACUGACAUCCCCUCAGAGCAGUCCCGCCGUGAUGACAUGGAGUCCCUGGGCUACGUGAUGCUCUACUUCUGCCGCGGCUCCCUCCCGUGGCAGGGUCUUAAGGCGGCCACCAAGAAGCAGAAGUACGACCGCAUCAUGGAGAAGAAGAUGACCACCCCGACCGAGGUCCUCUGCCGCGGCUUCCCCAACGAGUUCGCCAUCUACCUCAACUACACCCGCAGCCUGCGAUUCGACGAUAAGCCCGACUACUCGUACCUGCGCAAGAUCUUCCGCGACCUCUUCGUCCGCGAGGGCUUCCAGUACGACUACGUCUUCGACUGGACCGUCUACAAGUACCAGAAGAAUGCGCAGGCCAUCGCCCAGGCCCAGGGCAACCAGGCCGGCGGCGAUGAGCCCGAGGAGAAGUCCGGCCGCCGCGGCACUGGUCAGGCUACUGGCGGCCAGACGGCCCAGCUCUCACGCGACCGCCGCGGCCCCGUUCAGUCCAAGACCGAGGGCACCGGAAUGUGAGUGUAAACAUACACACGACCUGCCUUCGAAUUCCACGUCUUGUAAGGCGCCUUCUCCUCUGCGUUCGAACUUACAAUUGGCGCGAGGGGAUCAGAAGACUGUAACUAACAUCUCGUUUCUGCACACAGGCAACUCCGCUCCAGCAAGCGUGGCGCCGAUCAGUCCGGAUACAACAACUACUGA